GAUGCAGAGGUCACAUGGUCCCAGCAGUGAACGAAAGGGUUAAUUCAGAAGUGGUUAAGUUAAUGAAGUUCAGCGGUGCGAGAGGAGGCAGUUAUUUUGGAAAACAGACGCGACAGACUGGUGAACUUUCUAAGUUACUGGAAAAGAAAGUUUGAAGCCACAAGGGCUGAGAGGGCUUCUCCUGCUGCGCCACCAUGAGCUGGAGCUUCCUGACCCACCUGCUGGAGGAGAUCUCCAACCACUCCACGUUCGUGGGGAAGGUGUGGCUGACCGUCCUCAUCGUCUUCCGCAUCGUGCUGACGGUGGUGGGCGCCGAGACCAUCUACCACGACGAGCAGAGCCAGUUCGUGUGCAACACGCAGCAGCCCGGCUGCGACAACGUCUGCUACGACGCCUUCGCGCCGCUCUCGCACAUCCGCUACUGGGUGUUCCAGGUGAUCAUCAUCACCACGCCGUCCAUCAUGUACCUGGGCUUCGCCAUGCACCGGAUCGCGCGCGUCGGCGACGUGGACUACCUGCCGCGCCACCGCAAGCGGGCGCCGGUGGUGACGCGCGGCCAUCUCCGCGACUACGACGACGUCGACGAGCACGAGGAGGCGCCCAUGAUCACCGAGGAGGCGGAGCCCGAGAAGGGCGGCAAGCCGGGCGGGGCCAAGGCGACGACGUCGGCGGCGGCGGCGGCGCCCGAGGGCAUGGCGGUGAAGCACGACGGGCGCCGGCGCAUCCUGCGCGACGGGCUCAUGAAGGUGUACGUGGUGCAGCUGCUGUCGCGCAUCGCCUUCGAGGUGGCCUUCCUCUUCGGCCAGUACCUGCUGUACGGCCUCCAGGUGGACCCCUCGUACAUCUGCACGCGCAGCCCCUGUCCGCACACCGUCGACUGCUUCGUCUCGAGGCCCACGGAGAAGACCAUCUUCCUGAUCACCAUGUACGUGGUCAGCUCGCUCUGCCUGCUGCUGACCUUCCUGGAGAUCUGCCACCUGGGCAUCAGCGGCAUCCGCGACACGCUGAAGGGCCGCUCCAACGGCCGGCGCCGGCCGCCCCCGCCCCACCACCACCACCACCCGCUCAGCUCCGCGGGCAUGCCGGGCCACCUGGGCGCCUCCGCCCUGCUGAAGCGCAACCCCUCCGCCCCGCCCCGGUACUCGGUGCUGAAGAAGGACGCCUCCGGCGGCACGCUGCGGCCCGAGUUCAGGGAGCUCAACAUGGCCGACUCGGGCCGGGAGUCCCUGGGGGACGAGCCGUCGGGCCGCGACGUGGAGCGCAUGAAGCGGCACCUGAAGAUGGCCCAGCAGCACCUGGACCGGGCCUACCAGAGCGAGGCGGCGGUGACGACGGCCUCGCGGAGCAGCACCCCGGAGUCCACCAGCGGCACCGCCGUCGAACAGAACCAGCUCAACUACGCCCAGGAGAAGCAGGCCAGCACCAGCAGCGACCAAGGUGUCCAUGCCUGAGGCCUCUGCAGUCUAGCCUGCCUCUCCAUAACUCACACUGGCAAUCAGGAAGCACAUUUAAGGAUGGCAGUCGUAGAUUUGCUUUUUGGAGAUAUGUACAUGCGUGCUUUUGUGUGUGUGUGUGUGAUUUUGAUGUUUGUAAGUCGGUU